AUGUUUAUCGUAUCAUGUGCAUUUAUUGGUCUCUUGUUAUUUACUUUGGGUUCAUCAAGCAAUGGUUUAUGUAUGCUAGUAUUUCUUCGACAAAAAUUUCGACAUCGUGUAAUAACACCAUAUUUUAUCGUUUUAUUAUGUGCUGAUUCCAUUUAUCUUUUAUUUCAUUUGAUUAAGUUGUUUUAUUAUUCGCAAACACUUUUUAACCGAAAUGUGCCAACAGAAGAAUCAUGUUCAAAUACAUUUUUUGCUCGAGCAUAUCGACAUGCAACACAAACAUGGCCACAACCCUUAGUACCGUUGGUGCAUUCAGAUACAUAUAUGCGUUUUUCAAUAAUACUAAUGUGUAUAAUAUCUUUGCAUCGAACAACAUAUAUUACACGUUCAUCGAAUUGUCUUGUUUUGCCAAAGUCAAGUAGUUACCUACAAAAACACAAAUGGACAAUUGUAUUCAUUAUUUUAGCCUUUUCUCUUGCAUAUCUAUUUGAAUUUGUUGGUUUAACAUUAUUUUGUUCAAAAUCAAGUAAUCGUAAUGUAUCCUAUGAAUGGUUUAUUUAUAUGAGUAAAUACAUGGAAAAUUCAACGAAUCUUUUAACAAGUACAAUAACUGAUCAAUCAGAUUCAUUAAAAUGUGUGACAGAUACUUUAAGAACUUUACAAGAACAAAAUCAAAGCUCAAUCAUAAAAGAAAAUAGCAUGUGCACAAAAGAACAACUUAUAGAUCUAAUAUCUUAUUAUUUUGAUCAACAUCAACGAUCAAUUGUUAGUUUGAUACAAAAAAUUCUAUUUCAUCAAACUGGCUUUAGAAUAACAAGAAAUGAAAUUCGCCGAAAAUUCCAUUUUCAUGAAUGUUUAUUUCCUCAAGAUCCAAUUUUUUUUCAUCGACAUUAUCAUUUUAUGUACAAUCGAAUAUUUGGUUUUAAUCGGCAUACACUACUUUUAGUAUUUGGAAGUGUUCUUCCAUCGUUUAUAACAAUCAUUAGUAAUAUGAUAUCAAUCUAUCGAGUACGUCAACUAAAUCGUUCAACGUCAAAUUAUAUAAUACCAUCUCGCCGUCGUACAGAUGAUACACGUCGUGUAUUACUUGUUAUUACAGUUGAAUGUUUAUUUGCUAUAAUUAAUUCAUGGUUUAGUGAUAUAUUUCUUUCACUCGUGUAUUGUAAACGAAAUCUACUAGCUGAUGAUGAUUGUCCAAUGUUUUUAAAAGAAAACAUUAAUUUAUUAAUUAUGUUUGAUAUGUUUAAUUCGAUUUCAAAUAUUUUUCUACAUUGCUUAUGUGGAAAACGUUUCCGGAAUGAAUUACGUCUCAUGUUUCAAUCAUUUUUUCAAAUAAUAAAGCGUUGCUUUAGUGAAAUAUGUUGCUGUUACUUUCAAAUACAAUUCAACGCAUGUAGCCGAGAUGAAUAUGUUUGGUACAAUGCUUCUAUUAGAGGAAAUGAUAGUUCGAAUAGUUCACAUAGUAUCAGUCCAACUCAUUUAUAUUUAAAAAUUCAAACACCAUCUCGAUUAUUAAAAAAUCGAUGUUGUGAUUGUCGAUGGUAUUUUAAUAGAAGACCAUUUAUUACCUUACAACAAUUUUUAUCAACAGUAUCAAAAGAAUGCUUAGGAAAAAAUCGGAGACAUUUGUCGGCUCAUUAUCAAUCGAUACCAAUCGGUGAACAGGCAAUAACACUAACAACAAGUAACUCAAUGAAACUUUACUCUCCUCAACAACAACAACAACAACAACAACAACAACAACAACAACAACAACAACUAAUAGCAACAACGACAACAUUACCAUCAGAAAAUAAAAAAUGGUUUUCAUAUUUUCGAUGA